UGGUACUUGAGGAAUGAUGGAUGAUAGCUUUAAACUAGUUCUCAAGUUACAAACUCCUCUCGGAGGAUUUCAGAGUAUUUUUUUUCCUGCAUCGCAUCUUACCAUUUUGGGCAUUCUACAAAGCUACCAUGCCAAUGAUAGACUUAACUUCAACUGCGAUCCCAAACCCAGUGAUUUUAUCAGACAACUUUGCUAUGACAACUACAUUUCCACAGUUACCAAGCCUCAUGGUUUAAUACCUCGGAACGUUGUUGCCAUAACCUUCAGUGUUUUGUGUGCAUGCUGGAUCGGCUUUGCAAUUUAUGGUGUUGUGACCCUUCGAAAAAGACCAGCAUACAAGGAAAAAAACACAAAGAAAUUUCUUUACGCCUACUUCAUCCAUGUAUUCUUUCGAAUAUUUUUCCUGGGUGUUAUGUUAGGGCUGGUCUGCAGUUACCAGACAAUUUUUUUACCUUCAGUUUUUAAGUGUGGUGUUAAAGAGAUCUUGCAGACCAACAGUCAAACCACGCCAAGUUCACUCAACCAGACAAAAUUAAAACUGCAAUGUAAUGAUCUUCAUUACAAGGAGAAAUCUUACCUAAACAUAACUUUUAUCUCUGUCGAUGCCUUCUUUAUGGUGGUCAGUAUAUUGGAAGUCCUGCAUUUGUACCGUAUCAGGGGAAACUAUGUGCAAAAGUUGUUAGGAAACCUUGAAGACUUUGAGGUUCAAGAGUUACUGCAAAAAAAACCAACCAUCACAAACACAGAAGUAGAAGUUGACAAGGAUCUCAUUGUUACCUGGUCAGAAGCUGAGGCCAGCAGCAAUAAUAGCAGUAUUAAAUAUCGUCUAGAAUGUUGGAAACAAUUCAUGACAGGAUCCACAAAAGUCUUUGAACAAGGAGAUAUUGUUGAAACUCGCCACACGAUAACUGGUCUUGAGUAUGACACAGAGUAUGAAGUGAAACUGUUCGCUGUCAACGAACAAGGAGACAGUGAGCCAGAUGUCAGAACAUUUAAGACAAAGAGUGGUUUACCUGAGAAACCAAUCAUCACAAACACAGAAGUAGCAGUUGACAAGGAUCUCAUUGUUACCUGGUUAGAAGCUGAGUCCGCCAGCAGUAAUUGCAGUAUUAAAUACCGUCUGGAAUGUAGGAAACAAUUCAUGACAGGAUCCACAAAAGUCUUUCAACAAGGAGAUAUUGUUGAAACUCGCCACACGAUAACUGGUCUUGAGUAUGACACAGAGUACGUAGUGCAACUGUUCGCUGUCAACGAACAAGGAGACAGUGAGCCAGAUGUCAGAACAUUUAAGACAAAGAGUGGUUUACCUGAGAAACCAAUCAUCACAAACACAGAAGUAGCAGUUGACAAGGAUCUCAUUGUUACCUGGUCAGAAGCUGAGUCCAACAGCAGUAAUUGCAGUAUUAAAUACCGUCUGGAAUGUAGGAAACAAUUCAUGACAGGAUCCACAAAAGUCUUUCAACAAGGAGAUAUUGUUGAAACUCGCCACACGAUAACUGGUCUUGAGUAUGACACAGAGUAUGAAGUGAAACUGUUCGCUGUCAACGAACAAGGAGACAGUGAGCCAGAUGUCAGAACAUUUAAGACAAAGAGUGGUUUACCUGAGAAACCAAUUAUCACAAACACAGAAGUAGCAGUUGACAAGGAUCUCAUUGUUACCUGGUCAGAAGCUGAGUCCGCCAGCAGUAAUUGCAGCAUUAAAUACCGUCUGGAAUGUAGGAAACAAUUCAUGACAGGAUCCACAAAAAUCUUUCAACAAGGAGAUAUUGUUGAAACUCGCCACACGAUUACUGGUCUUGAGUAUGACACAGAGUACGUAGUGCAACUGUUUGCUGUCAACGAACAAGGAGACAGUGAGCCAGAUGUCAGAACAUUUAAGACAAAGAGUGGUAUUUUUGAUCCAACUGAGCUUAUCAAUGGAAUUCGCCAGCUGUACAAGACUCGCGAGGGAUGGCUCUCACCAUUUCCAUGGUGUGAAGAGUUUCAGUUUUUUCUUGGAAAUAUUUUUACAAGGCUCAAAGUGGUCAGAAGAAAGAAAACGAGAGGAGAAAUCACUGACGUAUUUGUGGACAUGUCGUCAAUACUAGACCCAUAUGAAGAGUGUUCAGCGCCGAGAACAGUGUUGAUUGAAGGAGAACCUGGUAUGGGAAAAACCACCUAUUGUAAAAAGUACGCCUACGACUGGGCCACAAAACAGCAAAAACCUCAGGGCUGCGGCUCCACAGCAUUUAAAGUGGUAUUGUUGUUGAAAUGUCGAGACAUCCAUUCUGACGUCUGGGAAGCCAUUGAUGAUCAGCUGCUGUCCCUAGACAUCGAUGAAAAAGUCAAACGACAAUUUUUUCAGUUUAUUCGUGAAAAUCAGUCCAGCAUUUUAUUGAUAUUGGAUGGAUUGGAUGAGUUACCAUCCGGCAAAUUGUCGAUGUUUUCCAAAUUAAUUGAAGGAAAAGUACUCCCCAGAUGCCACAUAGUUGCAACAGCAAGACACGAAGCUGGAAAAGAGGUGAGAAAAUGUUGUGACGCGCUGCUUCAGAUCGAAGGAUUCACUGAAAAGCAUGUGAUAGAAUUUGUCACCAAGUACUUUAAAGAAAGGACGGAUUUAGCCACCAAGCUCUCGCAACGGAUGUCGCGAGAUAAAAACCUGAGAGAAAUAGCGGCCAAUCCUCUAAACACAGCACUUCUUUGCCUUUUAUGCGAAGAGUUUGAGGGCACACUCCCCGAAAGCAGAGCUCAACUGUACUUGGAUAUGGUUGAAUGUGUUUUGAGAAGAUAUAGAAAAAAGAAGGGACUACUAGAAAAGAUCGAAGACUUGACAAACCAUUACAAACCGCAAUUGAAUCACCUUGGAAAGGUAGCGUUGAAUGGUUUACUUGACGAUAAGCUGGAUUUUAAUGAAAGUGAAUUGAGAAACCAUGCAAAAGACCUGACUGAAUUUGGAUUUCUGUCAGUGCAGCCUGGUGGCAGCAAACUGAGACAAACACUGCAUUAUGCCUUCUUACAUAAAAGUUUUCAAGAAUUCUUUGCAGCAUUCUUCAUUUGUUCUCAGAUUCAAAGCAAGGAAAUGAAACCUGAAGAACUAGUUUCCGAUCCAAGGUAUUUCGUUGAACUUAAACAAAUACUUUUGUUUUCAUGUGGAAUUUUGGCCAUGAAAUGCGAUGAACAGGUUGUGGCUCUUGUAAAGAGUUUAACAAAUGAAGUCAACAAAAAUGAAGGCCGUGGUGCAAAAAUUGUAUUGGAGGCCAUCAACGAAUGCAAAAGAGAAAAAAGUGAUUUUCACUCGCAUUUAUCGAAGUCGUUUGGAACUGGUUUGAAUCUGACCAAUUUGAAUUUGCAAUUAAAUGGUAUUAGUGAUGCGGGUGCUACAUGUAUUGCUGAGGCAAUCAAAGUGAACAAGACGCUAACCAAUUUGGAUUUGUCUGGGAAUGGUAUUAGUGAUGCGGGUGCUACAUGUAUUGCUGAGGCAAUCAAAGUGAACAAGACGCUAACCAAUUUGGAUUUGUCUUUUAAUGGUAUUAGUGCUGCGGGUGCUACAUGUAUUGCUGAGGCAAUCAAAGUGAACAAGACGCUAACCAAUUUGGAUUUGCGAGGUAAUGGUAUUAGUGCUGCGGGUGCUACAUGUAUUGCUGAGGCAAUCAAAGUGAACAAGACGCUAACCAAUUUGGAUUUGUCUGAGAAUGGUAUUAGUGCUGCGGGUGCUACAUGUAUUGCUGAGGCAAUCAAAGUGAACAAGACGCUAACCAAUUUGGAUUUGUCUGACAAUGGUAUUAGUGCUGCGGGUGCUACAUGUAUUGCUGAGGCAAUCAAAGUGAACAAGACGCUAACCAAUUUGUAUUUGCGAGGUAAUGGUAUUAGUGAUGCGGGUGCUACAUGUAUUGCUGAGGCAAUCAAAGUGAACAAGACGCUAACCAAUUUGGAUUUGUCUGGGAAUCGUAUUAGUGCUGCGGGUGCUACAUGUAUUGCUGAGGCAAUCAAAGUGAACAAGACGCUAACCAAUUUGGAUUUGUCUUACAAUGGUAUUAGUGCUGCGGGUGCUACAUGUAUUGCUGAGGCAAUCAAAGUGAACAAGACGCUAACCAAUUUGGAUUUGUCUGAGAAUGGUAUUAGUGCUGCGGGUGCUACAUGUAUUGCUGAGGCAAUCAAAGUGAACAAGACGCUAACCAAUUUGGAUUUGUCUGAGAAUAAGAUUAGUGCUGCGGGUGCUACAUGUAUUGCUGAGGCAAUCAAAGUGAACAAGACGCUAACCAAUUUGGAUUUGUCUUACAAUGGUAUUAGUGCUGCGGGUGCUACAUGUAUUGCUGAGGCAAUCAAAGUGAACAAGACGCUAACCAAUUUGGAUUUGUCUUACAAUGGUAUUAGUGCUGCGGGUGCUACAUGUAUUGCUGAGGCAAUCAAAGUGAACAAGACGCUAACCAAUUUGGAUUUGUCUGGGAAUAUGAUUAGUGAUGCGGGUGCUACAUGUAUUGCUGAGGCAAUCAAAGUGAACAAGACGCUAACCAAUUUGUAUUUGUCUUACAAUGGUAUUAGUGAUGCGGGUGCUACAUGUAUUGCUGAGGCAAUCAAAGUGAACAAGACGCUAACCAAUUUGGAUUUGUCUGGGAAUGGUAUUAGUGAUGCGGGUGCUACAUGUAUUGCUGAGGCAAUCAAAGUGAACAAGACGCUAACCAAUUUGGAUUUGCAAAACAAUGGUAUUAGUGCUGCGGGUGCUACAUGUAUUGCUGAGGCAAUCAAAGUGAACAAGACGCUAACCAAUUUGCAACUUUGAAGUAAAAGGGCACUGCCUUUAAAGUAGGCAGGUUCCCUUGAAAAUUGAGGGCCGAAGGCCCGAACCUCUAGGGGGGUCCGGGGGCAUGCUCCCCCGGGAAAUUUUUUAAAAGAUAAGUCUCCCAGAAACGCAUUUUCCUGCAAUCUGGAAAAGAAAUCUUGUUGCAAUGAUGCAUACUUAAUCUAUCAUAAUAAAAAAGAAUGGUAC